AUGAACGCAAUUACGAUUUUUGUCGAUUAUUUCGUUUUUUUCUUUCCAUUAGAACUGGAACCGGAAGUUGGAAUCGAACAUUUGGACGAUUUAAAAUAUCCAAAUGCUGAUCCUCCGUGUCAUUUUUGCAUGCAACAAACAAGCACGUCAAUACACGAUGAAAAUCGUUUGAAAAUCGUCAGCGGGGGUCUCGUCAGAAAAAGAGACGGAAGUAGAGAUGAAGCUGCCAAUCAUUACAUGAAUUUACCAAGUCCAAUAAUUCACAAUGAAAGCGGAGAUGCAGAUUCGGUUUUUAGACCGAAACAAAAAAUGGAAGACGAAUCAAAUCACAUACAAAAUUAUUUUUUAGAAGAAUUAAAAGAAUCACAAUUGCCACCACCGUCGGCACUUUCUAGAAGGAGAGCUAUAAUAACGUCAAAAUUAACAACAAACGAUUUAGACGAUCAUAAAUUAUCUUGGUCUUCUAAUUUCAACACUCCGAGAAAUCGUAGAAGUUCGAUUGUCGUCAUACCACCAAUGCAAAUAUGUCCGGGAGAUCUUUUAGUUUAUAGUAAAGUAUUAACAAACAGGCAAAAGACUUUAGAUUUGGAAAGUUCGUCGCAAUGUUUAAAUUUCGAUUCCGAAGAAUCACGAAAAGGAAAAAAUACUUGGUCAUUGUUAAAAUUGUUCGAAAGAUCGAAUCGUGGAAAAUCCGGAAGUAUCGGAGGAUUAGAAGAAGUUUUAGGUUGCAUACAAAGAGCCGAAUUCGAAGAUGAAGAAUUGUCUUAUUAUAGGGGAUUAUCGUGGUUUGAAUUUUACACGAGGGUUAACGAUAGGAAACGGAAGCCGAGCAGAAAGAAAAAUCCAAGCGAUUCGACCGAUCGAAGCGAGAUAAAAGAAGAUGUAAGCAGUCCGACGGAUUCAAAAGAAUUUCCGGUCGUAUCGAAACCGACGGAACUUCUCACGUUCGAAACGAUGGCACAAGUCGAAACGGUAUCCGUAUCGUCGGAAAUACAAAUACCAAAAUCACCCACGAAAAGUGAUAAAUCGGCAACGUCGGAUUUGACGAAAAGUAAAAAACAAGAGACGACGGUUAGAAAACUUCACAGGAAAUUAGUAAGAGCACAAAGCGAAAGAUGUUUCGAAAGGUCAAGGUUACCAUCGUGGAGAACAAAGGAAAAACCGGUUAUGUCAAAACCCAUGCCUCUGGUUCAAACACUGAGCGAGAAAAAUUUAGUUUCGCCAGUAUCGACAAGCAGUCAGGGAGAAUAUAAAAGGAGAGAAGCUGUUUGGGAUCUUUUUCAAAGCGAAUGCGCUUUUUUAUUCGAUCAUUUAAUGGUAUUGAAAAAUGUUUUUUUAGAACCUUUGAAAAGGAUUCAAGUUGAAGGUUUCGCCAUGUUUGCAGAACCGCAAUUACUUUUUGGUAAUUUGGACGAAUUGUGUUCAUUAAUAUUAGAAAAAGUCGGUCCGAAUGGAGAAUUGCCAACUACGGAAGUUUUAGGAGAAUUAUUUCAAAAAAAUGAAAAUGCGGAUUCCGUAUCACAAGCUUAUCACUGUUACGUAUUAAAUUACAUAAACGCAUUAAAUUAUUUAGAAACAUUAAGAACUCAUACGGAAUUUUGCGAAUUCGAAAAGUGGUGUAAUAAAGAUGAAAGAUGUAAAAAACUUCAAUUAACGGAUUUAUUAGUUGCACCCGUACAACAUAUAAUGAAAGUACCUUUGAUAUUAAAAGAAGUUGAAAGUAGGACGGAAGAUUUAAAUGAAAAAAUUAUAAUAACUCAAAUAUUAGAAAUUGAAGAGAAAUCCAUUCGCGAACUGGACGAUAAAAUGAAAUGGUUGAAAAAUUUCGAAAGACUUUUAGAAAUACAAAAAAAUAUCGUUUGGCCAUCAGUACAAGAAUUAGAUCCGAAAAUAUUCGUACCUGAUUUUUUAAAGCCGGCAUUACAAAGGCAACCCUGCGAUAGGAUAAUAGUCAGCCCAAGAAGGCAAAUAAUUAUAGAAGGUCAAUUACAAAUAUUAGAUUCUGGAAAAGCUCAAGAAGUUUUUGUCGUUUUAUUUGACGACAUGCUUUUAAUAACUAAAAGGAAAAAAGGAUUGAGUAAAAAAAAAUCAACCCUAUCGGAAAAUUGGGCGAGUUCGUGUAGAAGCAGUUCGAAUCCAGAAUCUUCCAUGAGAUACGUUGUUUAUAAACAACCGUUAUCCCUAGAUAGAUUUUUCGUUUACGACAUAACACUUCCGGAAUCAGUUUCCUGUCGUUUAGAAUUUGCAUUCGUAUUAGUCGUUAUGAAUAGAUUUCAACAAAUCCAAAAUUGGUUGACGAAAUUAAAAGAAACGCAAGAAAAAUGGAAGAAAACUCUGGAAAAUACAAUGUAUAGACCAUCAUCUCCGCAAGAUAUAAGAAAUCCAAACGGAACGGCGGAAAUUUCCGUUAACGAAUCAAUGAAUUCUUAUUUUAAAAAUCCGAGCGGAACAUCCUUUUGUACAAAAUCAAACAUUUCCGUUUUUGACGACAGCACGACGGAUAUUUGUUCGACAAUCGAUAGAUCGUCACCCCUACCGGAAUCAUAUCCGACGAGACAGAGUUCCGGUGACGACGAAAGUCAUAGUUUUUCAUUUCCGGUAACGAAAUCAUUUUUUUAA